AUGUCCAACUAUUCACCCUCAUCCUCCACCCCUGAUGGCGAUCCUACGCACAGCACUUACGAGGUCAAUGUCCCAGUCCGCAACGGACGAACCUCUGAGCCAAAAGUUGAGAACCCAGAGAUCCGCAUCCCAAGGAUAACGCCAGUCUCAGAUACAACCAGCAGUGGCACCGCAACCACAGACCAGCACCAGCAACAGAUGCCACAGUCACAGCCACAAAAACAAGAAGAAAUGGAUCUUCAAAAACUCGCUACUGGCCUUGAGGGCAAAUACGUCGACGAGUUCGGCAACAUCCUAGACUGGGACGGCACCGUCCUCGGUCGAGUCCAAGGCGACCUACCUUCCAUGGUAGGGCGACCAGUCACGGCUGACGGACAAGUCCUCGACGAGGACGGCGAAGUGGCUGGCCAGGUAUGCGACAACUAUAUCGAGCCAGAGCCGCCGAAACUCAAGCCCCUGGCCUCGGGAGGACUCAAAGUCGAUGAUGAAGGCAACAUCUAUGAUGACCAGGGAAACAAGAUUGGCAGGCUCGAUAAGCCGAUAAAAGACGGAGCCGACAAAGUUUCCGAGAGGCCCAAAGGCGAUCAAAAGCAGGGUCAAGGUCAACAGAGCCAGGGUAGUGGUGCAGCAGACACUAACAACAACGGUGCUGCUCCCAAGCCACCGAGGCCUGACGAGCUGUUCCUGGAUGUCAAGUCAACAUAUGAUGGUAUUCAGCUCACCAUCAAGAUCCCCACUGUCUUUAACAGCAGAAUGAUGCGCGAGACAAAGAGCAGCGGCAGCCAGACGACUGAGACAGAUGUUAAUAGCGAUAAUCGAUAG